UCUCUGCAAUAUGCAAUGCUGUGAUGUACUUCACCAGCCAUCCAUAUCUGUGGUGAGUCCGCCAUGGCCUUGUGGCUAUUUGCUGGCAUUUGGGGCAGUUGGUUUCAGACCACCGCUGCAGUCAGACCCAACUUGGGUUCUGGCUUUGUAUUCGUAAAUGAUGAUCGUGCUCAGUGCAUGAGACAAGACAACCUGGACAUCGCAGGUGGGGAUGAGGCAAAUCACCGCUACAUCCUUCGCGAAGUUUAUAGCCCUAGUCCAGCCAAUCCGCAGAGUGAUAUCUACUUUCUAUGCGAGGAGUUUGAAAUCACUUCCAUCAAUGCAGAAUUGAGCAUUCGAAGAGUCCAGCGCAAUGAGUUCGAGUUUGAGUUGAACGGAGCACUCCCCCACAAAACCCCAGGCCGAAGCAAAAACAUGGGUCAGGCCAAUUUUGUGAUGAAAGGCUUCGAGCUGGUUACUGGAAUGAAAAUCGCUGACUGGGCGGCGGACUUUGCCGCCAAUCGCGACGUGCUCCGCAAGGGGCAGCGAGGUACCAUGAGCUUCUCACUGUCGGGCCGUGUGCGCGCGACGAUUCUGAAGGGUGUUUGGGAAGCCGAACUCGUGAGGGGUUCGGAGAAGGUGGACCACUUUGAGCUGACGAUUCAUAGUCAGUGGGUUAUUGACAAAGUCCUGCGAAGCUGGGGGAAGUUGAAAGAACUGAUCGUGAACAAACUCUUUGAACUUCUCAAGACUGCAAUUCCCAUCAACCUCUUGGCAUCUUUGCACUACUUGCCCUUCAAUCCAGAACUCCCGGAUGAGCAGCAAAACUUUUACAUCGAGGCGAAUCUGAUCCUCAAAGGGGGGACGGACGCAAACAGAACUCUCAACCUUCAAGUGCCAGGGUAUGUGCGGAUGUAUGCCAGACCUGCCGCACUGUUGGAUGUUUUGAUGAGAAACUUCAAUGUCAAGGAGAUGGCACGCGAUGCAGUCAUCAGUUUUUUUCAAGACCCAGAGACCAGGGAGGCCUUUAAAGAAAGCCGGGAGACCUUCGCGGAGAACUUGCACCAAUAUCGAUUUGUUGUCAGCGAAUCCUUGCUGAAGCUGGUGGCAGAAGCCGAACAUCUUGAUGAGUUGAUGCCAUUGCUUCUGAAUGCAGCAGAAGAGAGGGCCAAUGAUUUGUUACUCAAGGUGUUGGAUCCUUUGGUACAAGCACAUGCUGCUGGAACAUCUGGGAUUUUCAAGAGGUUGAAGGUCCACUUUCGCGGCCGUGGCGGAUGGAAGACAGGUGUCAACAAUGGGCUUUUUGAGGGCUACCUGCGGCCAUCGUUUUCGAGGAAAAAUCAGGAGGCUGUCGUUCAAAUGAACCGCAGCCUACUGGGAGCCUUCGGCCUGCGAGAGCACCUUCUUGAGCCAAUCGCAAACGCAGAGAGUUGCGUAAUUGAAAUGAACGGUUUCGUGUUUGACAUCAACUCCCUGCGCCUGGAAUCUGGCCUGGUGCAGAACUGCAGAAGGUCUAUGGACAACAAGUCCGCAAUUGCUUGGGAGGUUCGCAUAGCUGAGUUCAGCAAUGCUCUCCUGCGUUUGCCAGCAGUGUUCCGGCGGACCUUCGAAGCCUCAAGUGCCAUUCUUGGAGUCGAACUCAAACCUGAUGGGCGAGUUCUGUUCACUGCGCAUAAGGAUGGCCUAACAUUCAUACAAAAAGAGAGGUCGGUGAAGCCGCCGGUUCCCUUGAAGAACCGCCCAGAGGAGAACAGCUUGUUGGAUGGUGCUGUGCCAGUCACCUUCCAAAGGCCGGCUGAAGUGAAUCCCCAGGGAGAGAAGGGGUUCGUGGAUAGAUUUGACGGAGCAGAGAUGACUGUGCACUUUGACCUUUGGGGGACAGCCGAAGACACCAUUGGGCUAGAGAUUGGGACCUUUGCUGAUACCGUCAUCGAUGUGGAAAUGAUGCUUGGAGAUGUCCUUGCGCCACGGUCACGGCAAGACUUUGGGUACGUGUUUGAAACUAACCUAUUCCACCACUAUUCUGGCAGGCAACUGUUCUCUACUCUUGUGAUGGCUGUGCUUCACUGUGGUUAUUUCUCUUGGCCUCUGAAUGAACAUGGCAGCGAUCGCCUUUCGAGUGAGUACCUGUUGGAUAUUGAUCUUUUCUCGGUCAUGGCCGAAGGAUCCACCUCUGUAGACUCUAAAAGGCAGUCGGACGGCAGUUUUUGCCUCGAAGUGCGCUACAAGAAGCAAAACUCAAACUCAUGGUUUUGGGGAAAGGAAGUUGCAGCCAUCCACCACCUGUGUGGGACUCAGAAUGCGGUGACGCGAAUGGCCACUGCAAUCAGCGUGCAAAAGGUUCGCUUCAGGGAUCCCAGAGCAACUUAUUCGGAGUGGAACUACGGAUCACAUGAAGCAGGCAAAGAAGGAUACCUACUCAAGGAUGGCCAAGUGCAACGGAACCUGGUGGAGGUGAUGAAAGAUCGGGAGGAGGAGCAUUAUCUCGGCACUCAAAAAAGUGUUCAUGCCGCGCUGAAGGCAGCCGCAGCGACCCUGGAGGUAAACCACUCCGAGGAAGUCGUGGUGCCGGCGGCAAGCUCCGUGCUUUCAAAGGACACCGCGGAGGAUGUCAGGAGUCACCAAACUGCAGUGCCUAUCACUACUGGAAGCAGUGAGAGUCAAGAUUGUCGUGCUGAGGAGCUGUUGAACCUGCACUGGCCGCCUGAAAAAUUUGGCGACGCAGUGUUGCGGAAGGCCUUCCCCACCAAAGCCCUGGGGAUUGUGUAUGUGAUCAUACAGCAAAUGCAAUUGGUGAAAUUUGAUUUGCGUGGAACACUCCGACGCAGUGAUGAUACCACCUUUUCUUUGAUGUUGAGUGGUCCUGAUAAUGGACAGGCUUUUGUUCAGAUGUACCUUGAUGGAAUCGACUUUUCUGCGCCCAAGUCGAAUGUGCCUGGCUUCGUGCGUCAUGCAAGUGUGCUGGAUCAUGUGUUUCGACCCAUGGAGCAUCAUGCGCGUAUGGGCACGGAAAGAGCUGGAGGCCUGAACAGGGGGCCACUGUGGGUGAAGUUUAAGAUGCUGGUGGAGUUUCAGAUGAAGAACGGCCACUGGGAAGUGAAGCCCGGCGCCUUGUCAGACGUCGAGAUCACCUUUGGAAACGGCGGGGCUGUGGAGUCCAUGAUCAACACCUUGCUGGACAUCUUCGGCAAGGUGGACGAGCUGCUGCUGGAGACCCUGUGGCCCAUGGUGGUGAACUACUUCCCGGAGGAUGUGGUGCAGGCCUUGGAAGAGGUGAGCAAGAAGGAUGGCCAGUUGGCCCAUCAUUUCAAGAUCCUGGCGCAGUGUCAGAAGCAGAUUGGUGACAGAUGUGGCUCUGACAGAGUGGAUUUCUUCAUCAAGGAUCUCACCAAUGUGGACGUGGCGGCAUCUACAGUGCUGCCGAUGUACCUGUCGAAUCUGUCUCCUAGCAAGGACGCCAUCGAGGAGUCCUUAGCACUGACUCUCUUGAACUCCUACGUGAACUGCACCUUGGAACACGCAAUGGCUGGGAAGAGUGGUGAAGGUGGUCCUUUGCAGGACAUGCUUGGGCAAGCCAUCGUUAGUCUGGCAAUGGACGACAACACACGCGCUCAGGUGAACGUUUCUACGCAAGCCGUGGCUCCUGUGAAGAUGUUGCGCUGCUUCUUGGGCGACCGGGUCUUGACUGGGCUCCUUCCAAAGGAACCCUCCAAGUCACAGCUGAAAGGAGCAGUGAAUCUUCGGCAGAAAGAGCUUAACAUCUCGAAGGUGCAGCUGCAAAGUUUUCGACUUCCCUUCGCCGUCAACGGGAAAGAGGAUGCCAUCGAGCUCAGUGCAACUCUCAGCAGGGCGGAAUUGGUCCUCAACGAGUCAAAAGGCAUGAUGGAGACUGUUGUGGGGCAUGUGGACCUUGAACUUGAUGCUGCCAAGGGCUUGAUUCUCCGAAGGAUUACGGAUGGAUAUCCCCUGCUGUCCAUGGAUGUCUCUCCAAAUUUCCUGGAGAGUGUCUUUCGUGAAGUGGGCGCCAAAUGGGCCACCCCAAGAAAUGUCAGGACCGGUGCCCACUCCUUGCCGACUGGCAGGAUUGAUGACAAAUGGAAAAGGCCACGGGCGCAGCCAGCACAGAGCCUGGAUUUCCAGCAGCUGCUGGUGAAAGCCCACACCAGCGUCGGAGUGCGAUUCUCAGAGCGGGAGCAAAAGCCGCAGCCGGGGGAAGAGCCUCAGGAACAUCUUCAAGCUCAAACGUCGCUGAUACUCCAUGCCACCAUCGACAUGAACUCGUUCUUCUGGCGAGCCGCGUUGAACAGGAAGCAGCGCGACUAUGGGUUUGUGUUCGCGUCAGUAGUUGGUGCUUGGGGUCUGAAAGCUCAGGGUCUGCCAAAGCAAGCUGCAUUCCUACAGAUAAGCUGCGACCAGAUGCAAAUCUUUGAGCUUCCAGGCAAAGGACCCUUCGAUCAGCAGGUUUAUUCGAAGGAUCUCCAUGAAAUGUUCAUUGAGACUGGCACUCCAGAGUUUGAACGCGCUGGAGAUAAGAUCUGUUGGAAAGUGCAGUUGAAUGUGAACACUUGGUUUCAGGAUCCUAACUACCAAUUUUGCGGCAACGUGGAAGAGAUGAUAUCAAUCCAGCAAGCCUUGCACCUCCAACUCACUCGCUUAGCCUCUGUGCUCGAGGCACAAACCGAAGCCAAGGUGGCCGAUGAAGAAUCCACCAAGACUACGGGCGUCCGCUUUACGGGCGAAGAGGAAGUCUUCGGUGACAGCACCUGGUUUCGGCGCUAUAACGCCUUGGACACCUCCAGUUGGAGCCCAGAGAUACCUGUAGAUUAUCAAAAGGUUGAGACCCCACUGCAACGCUGGCACGAGGCUGUACGGCAAGUGACCUGAGAAAUCCUGAGAAA